AUGGCAGAGGCAGAGGCUAGGGCACCGGUGCCACAAAUUGAUGAGAAGCAAUCUUUGGAGAAGGGAGACUCCAGCCGGGCUGAUGAAGUUGAAAUUCCAAAACAUACAAGCUUUGUCAAUGUUAUGGUCUUAGUUACAGCUUGUCUUGGUGGCUUCCUUUACGGAUUUGCCGCUAACGCGAUUUCGGGCACAGUUGCACAGCCAACGUUUAUCGCCAAGUUUUUGACAAAUUCUCAAGCUCUACAGCUCACAGAUGCAAUGCUUGGAGGAUUCCUCGGUGGUGCUAUGAUUGGAUGUCUCCUACAAGCCCCGAUCUCUAACAAGUUCGGGAGACGUAUCGCCAACGGAGCUGCCGCCCUCAUCGUUAUUAUUGCGGCUGCAAUAUCAGCCGGAGCUGUCAAUGUCGCCAUGUUCAUUGCUGGCCGUGUUCUCACGGGUGUUGGUGCAGGCAUGGUUCUUGCCAACUCUCCAGUGUAUAUGAGUGAAGUUGCACCUCCUCAUAAUCGCGGCAUGCUUGUUGGACUCCAGGGUGUUGGUAUUGUCACUGCAUACAUUAUGGCUGCAGUCUGUGCACUGGGAUUCAAUUUUGUCAAGGCUGACUACCAAUGGAGGUUGGUUUUCGUCGUACUUGGUGGAGUCGCUUGUCUUCUCAUCUUGUCUCUUUGGUUUUUGCCCGAAUCCCCAAGAUGGUUGAUGGAGAAAGGAAGAGACGCGGAGGCUAAGCAGGUCUUGGAAUACUUGCACAAAACCACGGCAGACCCUUACAAUACCCUUGCCCGUGCUGAAGCAGUUCAGAUUAAGGCUCAAGUCGACACCGAAAGAGCCCUGCCAAAAGGUUUCAUCUAUAUCUUUUCUACCCCACAUCUCAGGAAACGCGCCUUCAUUUCCAUCAUCCUUUGGACCAUGGGACAAGGUACUGGUAUCACUGCGAUCGCAAACCUUAUUCCCACAUUUAUGGCAGGUCUUGGAUUUGGCACCGUCGUACAAUUGGGUCUCGGUAUCGUUUGGUCUGUGUGUGCCGUCAUCGGAUGCGGAAUUAAUGUCGUUCUUUUGGAUCGUAUUGGAAGAAGGAAGCUUUUGAUUAUUGGCGGUUUUGGAAUGGCUGCUAUUCUUAGUACAAUGGCUGCAUUGGUCAAGUACUAUCUAGGUACACCCGCAGGCCCUGGUGUCAGAGCGCUUGUUGCUCUUUACUUCAUCAUGGGGGCAUUUUUUACUUCGACAAUCGAAUGUACUUCCUACGUUUAUGGUUCCGAGAUCUGGCCAACUCAUCUUCGUAGUGAGGGCUCCACCAUCACAUAUCUCAGUUUCUUUGGAAAUGCUAUCGCUUAUAGCGCCCCCGUUUCUGUUGGUUUGAACAAUAUUGGCUGGAAAUUCUACAUGAUUCUCAUUGUUGUCACUGUCAUUACAACAAUCAUGAUUGUUCUUUGGUUCCCAGAGACGAUGGGUUUAACAUUGGAGGAAAUUAAUGUUACCUUUGGCGACAAGGUAGAGUUACAGCUGAAAGAUGCUCUUUACAAUGAGUCCGAGUCAACAACAGACCCUUCAAAACCAGAAUCGGCUGUAGCCGCAUAA